AUGUCAUAUGACGACAAGUAUAGACACUUCUCCAUGGCAAAGAUGAGACAAGUUUUAAAUAUUUACAAUAACCGUAAACAAAAAGGUUUGGGAAACCACUCCCCCGAAGAAAUGAAAAACAACCCUGACUUAGAGAAAGACUAUAUAUUUAAUAGUUUAGUCAAAAGAGACAAACAAGAAAGAAUGCCAGGCUUCAAACUUAAGAAAGGUGACAAAGUAAAAAUAGAAAUACCUAAACGCGACCCAUAUGAAAAUACUAUUGACUAUGACAACAAUGGGAACUCGACAGGUACUCGCAUUCGUGUUCGUAAAAAUAGAAGAAAGUAUACAAGAGAAUAUUAUGAAGUUUUAGGCAAACAUGGCAAAAUGUACAGACUGCAAGCAGAAGAUAAAACGACUAUUGUCAGACCUCGUUUCAAACUUGUCAAAGUUCAAGGUGGUAUACUUUCAAAGACAGUUCCUAACAAAUAUAAGACAACUCCUGACGAAUAUGCUAAAGAAGUUGAAAAUGACGACUAA